AGGUGGGAGAAAGCAAGCAACUACUCCCUGUAAUAGCUGCCAAACAAAGUAAAAGGAAGGAAGUCUACGGUUUUCUCUCUCUCUCUCUCUCUCUCUCAGAGUCAAUGUCUGUUGCCAUCUCUGUGCGUGUGAAAAUAACAGCCGCAGGUUCUCUCUCCCGUGGAGUCGGGGGCACCUAAAUCAUUUUCAUUGAGUUGGGUUUGCCUCAAUCCUAGUUACUUAAUUCCACUGCUUUCUCUGCUGUGGUGAAGCAAACCGUUCCAUCUCAUAUCACAUAGCAAACUUUUGGCUUUCUUUUUGCACUCACUUGAUAGCUUUCUUUGUUGCUAUCUGCGCUGUUUAUACCCUCUUUUUUUUUUUUCCCCAUUUGCUUCUGUGCUUCCUUAAUUCGUUCUUAUACUCAAAAUUUUCAUUGAACACACGUGCGGUCUUAUUCUCUUUCAGUCACUUUUUAUGAUUUUUCUUCUGCUUAAUUUUUCUGGGUUUUGUGCUAUCUCUGAUGGGUUUUCUUGUUUUGAUACAUUUGGUAUCUCAGAAAUUGAGUUUCUAGUGAAUUGGAGACUUAAAAGGAGAGUCUUUGUCGGGCUUUUUCUUUAGGUAUUCAGGUGGGGAUUUUUGUGGGUAGAGUGUACAGUGCCUCAGCAAGAUUUUUCAAUGUUUACUGUCACUAGUGGUUUAGGUUGCAAUUUAAUUUGGUAUUUGCCUUUUUGGGUAAAGGGUGUAUAAGAGAGAACAAUUUUUGUUUCUAAUCUCUUAAACAGUGAUUCUAUAGUAUUGCAAUGCACUCUUGGAGCUAUGUUCCUGGAGGGAAGGGGUUUGUAUCCAAUGAAACAUUUUCAUCUUCGGAUGCUAUUGCCAAAAGCAAAAAUGCGUUGAUGGAUUGGGAUUUGAAAACUACUUGUAGUUUUGGCAACAACGUGGUCGUCUCAAGUCAACAAGCUAUUGAGAAUCAUGGUUUUCGGGAAUUGACUUAUCAAGAAUUGAUGGGAAAACAAUUACCUGAUAAUUCAAUUGGGGAUGCUUUGAGUGGCCAGGUUGAUGGUGGAAAAAUCAUCACUCCUUUUAUGGUUAACACAAAUGCUUUUUCUGUGGAGGAUGAGUCCUCCUCCGGACUUUCUAGCUCUGUUGUGGACUCUAACAGUAGGGAUUCUUCGUUCAUUGAUUUGAAGCUGGGAAGGUUUGGUGAUCCCGCUGAUGGUCAGAAUUCCAGAAUUUCCAAAGGCGCAUCUAUUCUGUCUUCAUCUGAGUCAUCUGCGCCUCCGAAGAGAGUGAGACUGGGAGUCAAUUCCCAAACUCCCCAUUGCCAAGUUCAUGGUUGUAAUAAGGAUCUCAGCUCUUCAAAAGAAUAUCACAAGAGACAUAAAGUCUGUGAAGUUCACUCUAAGACUGCCAAAGUUAUUGUGAACGGAAUGGAACAGAGAUUUUGUCAACAAUGCAGCAGGUUUCAUUUGCUGGUUGAAUUUGAUGAUGGUAAACGCAGCUGUCGUAAACGUCUUGCAGGCCACAAUGAGCGUCGGAGAAAGCCUCAAGUUGGUAUUCACUCUGGAAGGACUGAGAGGCUACUUCAGUCGUACAAUGGCUUUGCCACCAGCAAAUUUCACGGCACUGCAUUAGCGUCUUUUAUCUGUCAAGAUAUACUUCCUACUGGCGCAUUGCAUUCUGAGAAAUAUGGAACAAAUGAUUGGUGCAAGCACAUAAAAGUUGAAGAUGGGUCUGAUUUUAGUCCACUAGCAUCAAUUCCAGUCACAAGUGGGUAUCUGCAUUCAAAAACCCUCUUCCCUUCUGAUAACUUGGAUAAAGUAUUUAUUAUUUUUCAUGAUAUUGAAGCUGCUACUUCAACAGGAAGCAUUUUCAUUGCGAGCGCUAGUCAAUAUCCAAAUGAUUUGGGAGGCUCAAAUUCUGAUUCACGUUCAUUAAUCCAGGACCCCUCAUUGGGAUAUGAAGACCUCACUGCUUUUGAUACAGUAUCAACCAUUCAAGGACUAUCAGGGAUCACAAGCUCUAGUUGUGCUCUCUCUCUUCUGUCAUCCCAAUCACACAAUUAUUUAAGUCAUUCAUCAGGAAUUUCUAUGGCCUGCCCAUUGUUAGUUCCAGGUAGCAAUACCCAUUAUGGUGUGAAUCAAGUUUCUGAAAAGCUAACAGGUGAUAGUUCUCAGGCUUCCACAAGCGUGGUGCCAAACAAGUUCUCUUCAUCAGGAGCAAGUUCUGCAGAAGGAAGCCAAUUAGGCUCCAUACUGAUAUCUGAUGGUAGUGAUGCUAUUAAUUUUGAUCUCACUGAUGGGAUUUACCAGGGCUCAAAUUUUAUGAAUGCGGAGGAUCAUCUUUCCUGUGAAGAUGGCACCACCAUUGACCUGCUUCAGCUAUCAUCACAGCUUCAGCAAGUAGAACAUCAGAAGCAAUCCAUGCAAGCGAAGCAGGAAAAUGAUGCUUUCUGCUGGCCACAUAUCACUUAAGCGCUUUGCAAAAAAGGGAGCAGGUAGCUGAGUAUGUGGUAGCUUCAGUGUCAUUUACACUGGAUUUCUAAAGCAGCAUAAACUGGAAUGAUACAGAGCAAAGCAAGAGAAAGUUUAUGCAACCGUUCUCGCAUGUUGAUGCAUAAACUGAUGAUCUUUCUGCAACAUAAAUAAUUUCAUUAGCAAUUCAACUUUCUGCAUUUGUGCCCUUUGAAUAGAGAGAAAAUCAUUGGAUUUUAUGUUGCUUUAUUCAUUAUCCUAUUGCAUAUGAUUGUGCAAGUCUCAUAUUCAACUCAAUUAAUCUAGUCAGAUAGCCAUUACCGCUGUGGUUUAACAA